AUGUCACAAACUACUUUUACUACACCUAGGAUAGUGCACAAUAUGCGGUCUACAGAAGUCUUCGCAUAUCCUGCUUGUGGCGGACAUGUACGCAAGACUGUCUCAAGGGUCGAACUGGACUGGAUUGGCCUUACCGUUGUCUCCGGAGACGAACUGUCAGACGAAAGCACGCCAAUCGCCGUGAACAAAGAUCGUGCACAUCGCGAUCAUCAUGCAGAAGAUGCCUUUGCCUUGAGACUGAUGCAGAUUGGGGGCCGCUGGUGGCCUAGUCAGAAGUUCUAUAGGCAUCAUCGCACGAGCGACUAUCCUUAUGGGUACCACUAUCCACCAGACCUGGACGUUGGCAUUACGUCUGAAGGAGGUAUUCUCAUCUUAAGGACCCGGGGCGAAGACUACAAGUUCAUUCACAUGCCGGAUGAUGUACCCAUGAAGCCGGACACAUGGUCGAGACUACGACUAUGUUCCAGCAUGCGAGAGCGAUGCAGCGUGCUCCGAGCGUUCGGAGCAAUGGCGUACACUUCGAUGCAUAACUGUCCGGAAUUGCCCAGCAUCCUCGAAGAGGGAAUCGCAGAAAGCUGGCGUUACGAAGAGCUCAUGAACAGAAUGGACAGUACGGAGUAUCUGGACUGGUGGCUAAGCAGCAGCUGA